GAUACUUUUCUCGGUCUUUUUAAGUAGUAGAGAUUUGCAAGAUAAUGGGCAUUGUCAUCUAAGAGCUUAAUCUGAUCACAGAAUAAAAGUCUUAUACAUCCCCCUGGUUUUGUGCUAUUUAUUAGCACAGUUAGUUUUGUCUUCUGUUUAUUUCGGGAAUAUCGCAUUCGGCUCCGCUCCAACAAAUAAAUCGGUGGUUUCUGACUUGUUUGUAAACGCAAGGGACAGACAGGACCCUUGCUAGAGCUUGUAAGGCGGCAACCUUGCACCUUGCAAACUGCCGGGGCUUACUCGCGUCUCGACCUCAACCUGAUUUCGACUUUGCAAUCCUAUCGCCUAUUGCCCUGCUGGACCAAGCAGGAAAGCCGACCACCCCCAGCCCUACAGAACUGUGAAGGACACAGAUCUUUUUAGGCACCUACGCAUAUCCUCAGAACUUUGGACGAACCGAAGACACUCCCGGCCCUUGCGCGUCAUUACCUUGGCGGAUCGAGGCGUUUCCACGCUACCCCGCCACCCGCAGGCGCGACUAAGAAGGAAGUCAAUCCCAUCAAUCGUCAUUGCUCUCACCACCCACACUCGACCCUAAGGAACUUUGGGACGCCGACAUCUGUUUUCUGCAACCUCGGCGCCGUUAUUUGCUAGAUUUGCUGGCGCGAGCCUUCUUUCUCACACAUAUACACUCAGCAUAAACUAUGGCAUCUUUAGCAGCGCCUGAAAACGGCACAGCCGUCAAAGAGAACGGCGCAGCUCAUGAAAACGGUGCGGCCAUCGCCGAAACCAGGGAACUUCCCGUCCGCACAAUCAGCACAAAGUCUAUACCACCACCAGGCCAGUCAUUAACUGGCAAGCAAGAGCACUACCUCAAACGUGAACUCGUCUCCGAACAAGUCAAGAGAGAGAUCUCAGAGCUCAACUCGCCGACGGCACUGCGCCGCUUUGGAGCUCCCUUCAAAUCAGACCUGGGUGAAGUCUCACCCUUAGACUCCGACCUCCCAAUCCUCCGAUAUAUCUUUGUCCACCAUGUGCGCGAGUUCCCGUUCCUCGACAAGGCGAGGGAGAAGGAGUUUUGGCAGGACAAGCUGCAGGUCUUCCUCGAGUCGUUUGCUAGUAAGAAUAUUUCGUCCUCAGAGGACCGUCUGGAGGAAACCAAGAGGCGUAAGCUUGCGCUCAAGGCGCAGAAGCUGGUUGAGCUCAUGAUCGUUUCUGGCGUACCCACUUCAUCAGGAUACGAGGAGCGCAUAAGGUUUUCGGAGCUCGAGGUUGUGGACCGUGACGCCAUUGACACGGGCGUCCUGUCGACCAUGCCCGAGGGCAACUACCUCAACGGCUGGGAUGUCAAUGUGUGUGCUGUCCGUAUCAGCUCGACGAGGAGGAACAUUAGACAUCACAAACAUGCUGAAUUCAUUCUGCGCGUAAAGAGGAAGGGCGAGAUGGAACAUUUCGUGGCUCGCAGGUAUGGCGACUUUACCAAAAUGCGUAAUGCGCUGCGGACUGAGCUACCCGGAAAGAUACUUCCGCCGUUGCCAAAAAAGAACAAGAGCAACACAUCGGCUGCGAGCAUUCUUGGUAAUUUCUCGCGCAAGGAUGAUGAUGACGACUCCUCGGUGUCGUCGGUCUCAACACAAAUGACAGGCAAAGAUGGAUCCGAGGGCGGUAAGACUUUGUCUGUCAGGAGCCUCGCAGGUCACAGGAGGAGUGCUUCGUUGUCCGGUCGGGGGUCACCCCGUGUUUCCACGGAUGGUCUGCAUAGCCCUGGCCACAAAUCAGACACGAUAUUGUUCCGUGAGAAUCAAAGAAUCUCGCUGAGAGCUUUCCUGCGAUCGUUGUUGCAUAACAACCAACUGGCUACCACCAAAGCUAUGCAGGAAUUCCUCACCCGUGACUCGAUAACGCCGACCGAUGAAGAUAUUAGGGACAUUAUACGAAGAAAGGAAGUUGACGAGAAGCGGAUGGAGGAGCAAAAGAAGUUCUACGACAUUGCACGAAAGCGGGCAGCCGAGUUGGACUCAUACAUGGAACAGUUCCGACAAGAUAUUGUUGAGCGCAAUGGCCUCACCAUGCUUUUCCAAGAGAUCAAGGAGAAAGAGACUAUCCAGGAUCUUAGCAUACAAUACCAAAAGUUUGCAGAGUGGCUCCGAAUCGAAGUGGCGGCCACCAUUUACCACCUUUUCCUCGCUGAGGAUAACUCCCCAGAGCUUUUUGCGCAGGCCAAGAGGAUACACUCCCUCAUGCCAUAUACGCUCAUGAAGAAUGCAAUUCGGAUCGCAAACCCGGCGGCAGUUAUGUCGGGCAUCCUCGACAUCUUUCUGGCGCAACCGUUCGGCACAAGAUCGCUGCUGCAGCGCAUCUUUUCAAUGACGCUCAACGACGGCAUCCGAAAUUUUCAAAAGUCCAUCGAUGCGCUCGCGGCUAGGAUCGACGACCAGCUUUUCGUGGACAAGCUGAAGAAGUUUACAGAGGCCGAGGAGCAUAUCAAGCUGGCGAUUCGCGAGGAGGCUGAGGCUGAUGACGUCGACAUAGUCGUGGCUAUCCUGCGGUCCGAGCUGAUCGAGCCUCCGUUGACGGCUGAGCAGAUUGGAAGGCUCUACAACGCCUACGUAGCUUUCAACAGCGCCGUGGAAAAUGUCGACGAGGAGCUCAAGCAGGGCGCACAACUAUUCUCGUACUUGAAGCAAAUGCUCAAGCUCCAAUUACGGCAACGCGAUAAGGAGAUGAUGUUGCAUUUGAUAGAGGAGCCUGUUACUCUUCAGCUGUUCAGGGAUUUGUUCACGAUAUUCUACGAGCCCUUGGUCCGUGUGUACAAAUCAGCCAACGUGUACAAUAGUAUUACCGAUUUUGCAGUAUUUGUGGAUGACACGAUACAGGUUGUUGAUCAAUGUCGUGAGCAAGAUGCGUCAGCCGAUCCGAACCAGACUGUACAGGCAUUCAUUGAUCUUUGUCAACGACACGAGCACAACUUUUACAAGUUUGUUCACGAAGUGCACACACACGACAAUGGGCUCUUCACGCAGCUUAUGGGUUGGAUCGAAGGUAUUCUGGAGUUCCUUAGGCACGGACCCAAGAAUGGCACUCUCGAUAUCAACGCGCUAUUCGAGGGUGGUAUUAGCACGGGGGUCGUCGACAAGGAAAAGGCGAUUGAGGAGAUCAACCAACUGAUCGCGUGGCAGGAGGCGCGCAAGAAGUGGCACCAAGACAAGACGAGGCAGAAGAUGGCUGCGGAGGGCGGCGUGGACGGGGCCGUCGGUGUGCCGGUGGGAUUCAAGUCGAGCGACUUUGGGCUUGACCAGAUGGACCUGCAGGAUAUGGCAUACGACGACGAUAGUGGUACAGACGAGGAGGAUGCCGAGAUCGAGGACGAGCUAGACCCCGUUGAGGCCGAGCGCAGGCGCAGGGCCAAACAGCGCGAUAGGCUGCGAAGGAGGGCAGGUGAGCCCGAGAAGCCGGCCAUUUCAGAGGUGCAUAAGUUGAGAGAAAACUUCCUGUCGAUGCUGCGUAUGGUGUUGGCUGAGUAAUAGGAUAGUUUGGGGACGAAACUGGACAAGAUUGGUUAUCCAGGUUUCUUGGUUUAUUAUGUUGAUAUUAGGGGUUGGAACAAUAGCAAGGACAGGGAUGUAUUGGUUUCCCUGAGAAUACAUAACUCCUUUGGAGUGUGAAUCGUCUCGCACCGGAGUACAACGUGGUUUUGUGAGCGCUGUAUCAUGUGCAGUAUAGAGAGUACAUAUCUGCGUGGCGUUCCAUAGCUUGCAUCAUUCUAAUAAUAUCAUUUUGCUACGAAUA